CACGCCUCUCAGUUCAAUCGCGGAGUUUGAAUGAGCAGCGCGCUUAAAAUGCGCGGGCGGUGUAAACAAAACUCAACAUAAAUUACCAGUGUUUAUUUGUGUUCUUACAAACAACAAACCAAUAGUUAAUAAAGCUAGUGUUUUGCCUAUUACAAGUUAAAAGUUAGUGAGUGAAAAUGUCGAAGGAAGCCGGUAUUGUGAAAGCUGAGGCUCCAAAGAAGCCACUGGACCUGAAUGAUGUGGAGAUGGUGUUCGGGACACCACCAGCCCUGAAGGACGCCGGUCCCGAUGUCCACACUGUGGCUAACGAGAAGACUGGGAAGGAUUCACCGCGCGGUGCUAAGCCUGAGUCUGACGCUGACACGGCGCAGCCGCACCAGCCGCUCCUGGAGCCCGGCCGGGAGCGCCCGCAGCCCCCUCUGGCGGGUCCCGAGGUGGAUGACCUGGAGGGUGAGAUGAAGCCUCCUUCUGACGCGGCCCCCUACCCCGGCAUCGACGACGGGCUGCUCGAGAACGGGGGGUUCAAGCCCAUACACCCGCCCGGUGAAGGGUACCCUCACCCCAACGAAGACACCAACAAGGACGGCGUAUCCCAUGACGGCACCAUGGAUGGUAAUUGGCUCAACACUAAGCAUGGAGUGGACGAAACUGACUUCUACUAUGGUGACAAUAGCUUCGGACUACACAACAGAUUGGGCGGUGAUGAUCGCGCCAUGUCACCACUCCCUAAUGUGAUCCCAGACGUGAACACCUACCAGCAGAAGAAGAACCUGGCGCAGGGCAUGAUGGACCUGGCCCUCCUGUCAGCCAACGCCAACCAACUCCGCUACGUGCUGGAAGCGUCGUCGGCGCGGCACCCCUACUUCUACCCGAGCGUCGUGUUCAUUACGUGCAGUAUUAUGUUGCAGAUCGCAGUAGGCGUGGGCCUCAUCCUCAACAGCCGGUACGACGUCAAAGACGAGAAGGACAUCUGCAAGGCGGACAAGAUCAACAACAUGACGGUGAUCGGCAUCUUCCUCAUCACCAUCGUCAAUGUGUUCAUCACUUCCUUCAGCGUAGCUCCGGUCGGGACGCUCAACGCCGUCGCUGCCGUCGUUAACCCUUAACCCUUUAUGACCAUGAUAGUUUGAACUUGAUAUAAACUUCAGGUCCAAAACUUGAACUUCCUCUGCCUUAAAAAGGGUUAACCACUCAACGUUCGCACGUCACGCAGACACACUCCGAAUCCGCCUUAUUAUAAAACUUAGACUAAAGAUAGUUCUAAUUCAAGUCCAGAGCUUUCAAUCAUAUCAUUUUAUAAUAAGUGGGAAUAGAUUUUAACUGUGUCUGAUGUUGAACCUUUCACAUUAAGUUACUUAUACUAAAAGAGUGUGUGAAUUAAGCCUAUGCUGCAACGCGACGUCAUACCUUCUCCCACUGGUAUGUUCUAUGGCAGAUUCGCAAUUUUGUGCACAGGUCCUUAGGUUUUUAGGGGUUACCCUUUGUUCACCAACUGAACAGUAGGUACUAGGGGUUUUAGAAGGGGUGUCACAUGCGAGUGAGUUGGUUAAUGUCUCCAACUACUUUGGCUAAAAGUACAUAUUAAAAUAAAAUUAUUAUUUGUUUAGGUAAUGGAUACCUAUACCUAACGACGUUAAUGUGCAAUAAAUAAAUCAAUGCCAGAAAUUAUAAGUCCAUACUUAGGUAGAUAUAUUUUUGUUGAUGUUAGGUACUUUUGAAUUUGCACUUUUCACCAUUAGAAAUAGUUAUUUUUCCCAUGCCUGCCUACUUAGUAAGUGCUAACUAUGUACGUGCUAUGUACAUAUUAAAUUAAGUGCUCAUAAGUCAUAAGACGCAUUUAUACGUGUAUCAUAUAAGAUAUAUUUUUGUAUCAUACUAGUUUAAGUCUUUUAGGAUUAAGAUCGUAAAUUUUUUACUACGAUUGGGAAAACAUAGGUAGUGUUUUUCAUUCAAUGGAAUCGUGGUUUAUGUGCCUUAAAAUUAAGAAUCUCUUAUUAUCUGUAACAGAUCUGAUUAUUUCUUUUGGUUCUAUAAUGCAAUUAUAAUUUUUAGAUCUCACUAAACUAUAAUGCAAAUUCUAAAUAUUUCAUUUUCAUACAAUUUGAAAGUAUGCUCAAAGUUUUAUAAUUAAAAAAAUAUUAAUCUGCAAAAUCUUCACAGAGUUUAAUUUCAGAACCCACUGCCCUACCUUAUCGUCACCCAUGUUGGAAGAAAACACGAAUUUCUCAGAAUCCAAAUUUAUUGAAUACAAAACAAAUCUAAUAAAAUUGUCAAAUGGCAAUUUUAAAAUAACUAUUACAAUAUUAGAGUAGAGAAAAUAGCAGCCGUGGGUAGCGACGGAACCCAGCCCCGCACUGACCACCGCGGAUCCCCAAGCUUUAUAUUACACCGGCCACUGCGGCCGAAUCAAAUAAACUAACUUAAAUUACAUAUACAAAUACAUAGUAUGAUAAAAGUAGCCCGUGGAUUGGCUGAAAA